UUCUGAGAAUAUCGGUUUGAGUCUUUUUUGUUUCUUGCUACCAUCGCCCUUCUCUAAAAUUAUAUACGGUUUUUAUUUAUUUUUGUCUUUGUGUUUAUUUUGAGUUGAAUUUCCUUAGUAUUUUGCUUUAAUGGCCAGCGUUUGUUUGAGUUCAUCUCUGCCUUUGAGCUCUUCUGAUCAUCGCCAGAAUGCCUUUGACCUUUCAUACUCUCACUCCAAAUUCAAACUCAAGCCUUGUACAAUCUUUGGUAGAAAAUGUUUCGGUAACAGAAUUCAAGUUUUGCGGACUCAUACGUUUCGAGUUUACUGUGAAUCGAAUACUGAGGAGAGGCAGGUAAGAAAGUGCUCAUCUUUUUUAGAGAGGGCAUUGCUGUCAAGUAAUGGUGCGCUGUCUCCUGAUGAUUGGCAAGCAGUUCCUGAUAUUUGGAGAUCUUCUGCCGAAGAGUAUGGUGAUCGGGUAGCACUUGUGGAUCCAUACCAUGAUCCACCUUCAAGUAUAACUUAUAAACAGUUGGAGCAGGAUAUUUUGGACUUUUCUGAAGGUCUUAGAGUUAUUGGAGUAAAGCCUGAAGAGAAGCUAUCGCUCUUUGCUGAUAACUCAUGCCGCUGGCUAGUUGCAGAUCAAGGUAUGAUGGCAACAGGAGCAAUAAAUGUUGUAAGGGGGUCAAGGUCCUCUGUUGAAGAGCUUUUGCAAAUAUAUGAUCACUCUGACAGUGUUGCACUUGCUGUGGAUAAUCCUGAAUUUUUUAAUCGGAUUGCUGAAACAUUCUGCUCCAAGGCAUCUAUGAGAUUUCUAAUUCUACUUUGGGGAAAGAAAUCAUCUGUGGCAACUGAUAUUGUUAAGGGAUUACCUGUUUUUAGUUAUGAGGAGGUUAUAGAAUUGGGGCGUGAGAGCCGUAGAACUCUGUCUGAUUCUCAUGAUGCAAGACAACACUACAUAUAUGAAACCAUCAGUUCUGAUGAUGUUGCAACCAUUGUGUACACAAGUGGAACAACUGGAAAUCCAAAGGGAGUUAUGCUUACACAUAAGAAUCUCUUGCACCAAGUUAGAAACUUAUGGGAUAUUGUGCCUGCUAAGGUUGGGGACAGAUUUCUAAGCAUGCUUCCUCCAUGGCAUGCAUAUGAGCGAGCUUGUGAGUAUUUCAUAUUUACACUUGGAGUUGAGCAGAUGUACACAACUGUGAGGAAUUUGAAGGAAGAUUUGCAACGCUAUCAGCCACAUUACCUGAUUUCUGUUCCUUUAGUAUAUGAGACGCUCUACAGUGGAAUUCAAAAGCAGCUUUCUACAAGCUCCACUGCCCGAAGAAUUGUUGCGCUAACACUUAUAAAGAUCAGUUUGGCAUAUAAUGGAUUUAAGAGAAUACACGAGGGACUAUGCUUGAGCAGGAAUCCGAAACAACCUUCACCUCUUAUUUCAAUGAUUGACUGGUUAUGGUCAGGAAUUAUUUCUGCAAUAUUGUGGCCGUUGCAUAUGAUGGCGAAAAUGCUUGUCUAUAAAAAAAUCCAUUCAGCUAUUGGAAUAUCCAAGGCUGGAAUAAGUGGGGGUGGUAGUUUACCAAUGCACGUUGACCAAUUUUUUGAGGCAAUUGGCGUGAUUGUGCAGAAUGGAUAUGGUUUAACAGAGUCAUCCCCUGUUAUUGCUGCUCGACGAGUUAGUUGUAAUGUUCUAGGCUCAGUUGGUCAUCCUAUUAGAAACACAGAAUUCAAGAUUGUUGAUUCUAAAACUGGUGAAGUUCUUCCACCUGGUUCAAAAGGCAUUGUAAAAGCCAGGGGUCCACAAGUGAUGAAAGGUUACUACAAGAAUCCAUCAACUACAAAGCAAAUCUUAGAUGAGGAUGGCUGGCUAAAUACUGGUGAUAUAGGUUGGAUUGCUCCUCAUCAUACAACAGGGCGAAGUCGUCGUUCUGGAGGUGUGGUGGUGCUUGAAGGACGUGCUAAGGACACUAUAGUUCUUUCAACAGGCGAAAAUGUUGAACCAUUGGAGCUCGAAGAAGCUGCCUUGAGAAGUAGCCUUAUUCAGCAGAUUGUUAUCAUUGGCCAGGAUCAACGCCGUAUUGGAGCAAUCAUUGUUCCAAACAAAGAAGAGGUUCUUCUGACAGCAAAAAAGUUAUCCAUUGUAGAUAGCAAUGCUACUGAGCUUAGUAAGGAAAAGAUCACCAGUUUGAUAUAUGGAGAACUGAGAAAGUGGACAGCUGAGUGUUCAUUUCAGAUUGGACCAAUCCUUGUCGUGGAGGAGCCUUUUGCGAUUGAUAGUGGAUUAAUGACUCCAACCAUGAAAAUUCGAAGGGACAGAGUUGAAAACCUCUAUAAGGAGGAAAUAGCAAAUCUUUACAAGUAAAUUUCUGACCAUUGACAUAUUUUAUAUGUUUGGUCUACCAAAUCAACAGAUUAAGGUUUAUUUACAAGGAAAUAGCGAAUCUUUACAAGUAAAUUUCUGACCACUGACAUAUUUUAUAUGUUUGGUCUGCCAAAUCAACAGAUUAAGGUUUAUUUACAUAGACUUAGCCCAAGAUCUCCAAGUCCCUAGCUAUUGCACAUUAAUUCCAAGGGAUGAAUUUCAUGCGAAAUAUCGUUAUACAUAUUUUUUAUAUGUCAAACCAAGUUACGAUAUGUCUUCUAUUGUGUGGUUAAAAUACAAAGAUUGCAUUAGUUCUAUGCUCCAUAA